UUUUUUUUUUUUGCUUUGUCCCUGUCACUUUCUCUUUGGCUCUGUCUUCUUCCAUCUUGUCUACUUAACCAAAAUCAAUCCUCCAUAACGGAAACAAACAAAAGAAUCUGCAAUCACCUGUUUUCGUUUGUUUCUUUCAUCUUUUAACUUGAACUCAACAGGCAACAACAACACACAUGAAGUUCGGACUCGAUUCGUAUGGUUUGGUUUCAUGAGAUUGGUGUUUGAAAAGAGAAGCAAGAAUCUUUUGGAGUAGUUGAUAAUAAUAAUGGAGUGUUCUGUUAUCCAUCACGUGGUGAUUGUGCUACUGUUCCUUUGGGUUCUAUCUUACUUGAAUCGAUCACACGCCUUUUUCUAUUUCCUCGCUCUCAUUUAUCUCUACCUGGUUCAUGAACGGUAUGUGAUCAUAUUGAGGAGGAAAUUGCAGUUUGAAGAGAGGAAGCAAGCCAACCAGAGACGUGUCCUAUCUGAUUCUGAGUCAGUGAGGUGGUUGAAUCAUGCUAUGGAGAAGAUAUGGCCUAUUUGUAUGGAACAGAUUGCAUCUCAGAAGAUUCUGCGUCCGAUCAUACCUUGGUUCUUGGACAAGUAUAGACCUUGGACUGCGAAAGAAGCGGUGAUACAACACCUCUAUUUGGGAAGAAACCCGCCUCUGUUGACAGAUAUAAGGGUUCUUCGGCAAUCUACUGGUGAUGAUCACUUGGUGCUGGAACUUGGAAUGAAUUUUCUAACAGCAGAUGAUAUGAGCGCAAUACUAGCUGUGAAACUAAGAAAAAGACUUGGGUUUGGAAUGUGGACUAAGUUGCAUUUGACAGGAAUGCAUGUCGAAGGAAAGGUGUUGAUUGGAGUGAAGUUCCUUCGUCGAUGGCCUUUUCUGGGGCGUUUACGUGUGUGCUUUGCAGAGCCACCUUAUUUCCAAAUGACUGUUAAACCAAUUUCUACUCAUGGACUUGAUGUUGCUGUGCUUCCAGGGAUUGCAGGAUGGCUAGACAAACUUUUGUCUGUUGCAUUUGAGCAGACUCUUGUUGAGCCAAAUAUGCUGGUAGUUGAUAUGGAGAAAUUUGUUAGCCCACAGUCAGGAGAGAAUUGGUUCUUUGUUGAUGAGAAAGAACCAAUAGCACAUGUUCUUGUUGAAGUCGUUGAAGCAUCUGAUGUUAAACCAUCAGAUCUAAAUGGUUUAGCUGAUCCUUAUGUGAAAGGGCAGCUUGGCGCAUACAGAUUCAAAACCAAGAUUCUAUGGAAAACUUUGGCCCCCAAAUGGCAAGAAGAGUUCAAGAUACCAAUCUGCACAUGGGACUCCCCAAAUGUUCUUAACAUUGAAGUUCAAGACAAGGACCGGUUUAGCGAUGAUAGUCUUGGCGUUUGUUCAGUUAACAUUGCAGAGUUUCGAGGCGGCCAAAGAAAUGAUAUGUGGUUGCCUCUUCAGAACAUUAAAAUGGGGAGGCUGCAUCUUGCGAUAACCGUACUUGAGGAUGAGGCAAAGUUGAACGAUGAUCCGUUUGAAGGAGUGACAAUAAGUAAGGAAGACAUGUGGGCUUCUUUUGCUUCCGACAUUACAAAUAAAGGUUCCUUCUCAUCAGUGGUAUCUGAUAAGUCUCCAAGGGUUCCUGAUAAUAUGGAACCAAUUAACAUUGAAGGACAAGAAGAGACUGGAAUCUGGGUACACCAACCAGGAACUGAAGUCUCACAGAUUUGGGAACCAAGAAAAGGCAAGAGUCGAUGCCUCGAUAAUCAAAUACAGGGUGCUGGCAGUGUCCGUUCCACUGCAUCUACAUCGCCCAACAAUGAAAGUAGUAGCACUGAUGAAAAUCAGGAAGGAAAGAGCACGAUGAAGUCUCUUGGUCGGGGAUUGAAGAAAAUCGGUUCAGUGUUUCAUAGGAAUGGCAAAAAAGAAGAAUGUCAUCAUACAGGGAACAUCGAGGAGGAUAUCAGGUCUCCUCGAAUAAAUUUGAAGGCGUUGGAUCAAAAGGAUGUUGGGGUUAAGUUCAUUGUUGAAGACAGUCUAUCGGGACCUCUUACAGGAAGAAGUCCAAAAGGUGAGAGCUUUGGUUCUGAAGAUAGUCAGCACAAGGGACACAUGAAGGAUGUUGCAAAGAGCAUUCUAAAACAUGCUGAAAAGUCUGCAAGACACAUUAAGUAUGCCUUUUCGCUUAAAGGAUCAAGGAAAUCAAGAGAUGAGUGUUCAACUGUUUCAGAGCAAGAUAUAAUUCCUGAAUCCAAGUCUGUGUAUGACUCUGAAGGUCAAUGUGAAUAUUCUGAUGAUGAAGCUACAUUUAGCAGUGUGCAAGACCUGGGGACACCAAGAGCAGCAAAAUCUGAAGGAAAAAUUGUCAAAGCAGGUGAAAAUGAUCAUAUAAAUACAUCAGGAAACUCCAAAGAAGAUUCCCAAGGCGAUGCGAACAUUAAGAACAAAGAAACAAAGGUAAAUUUAGCAAACUUGGAAACUACAUAUAGUGGUGGAAACUACAUAUAGUGGUGCCAGGAGCUCUUUUGCCACCCCCAAGAACACCGAAGGAUCGAAAGGGAAUCAUAUGUAAAUAAUCAAAAGCUUGAGGAUGUUAGUUGUAGAUACGCCAAAGGAUUCUUGUACAGCUUUUGAGUUUUGAGUCUCUGUCUUGCUUCUUCCAUUUUCUUCCACUCGAAGAAGAAACAGCUUUUGUGCAUAGCAUUUUCCAUCUUUCCAACAAUACAGCGGAAUGCAUACAACCUUAUUCAGGA